GGGGGGUUCCGGGUCUGGGUUAGGCUGCGGUGAAGUCGGGAGCGCCGGGCGCUGUAAAUCCUGGAUCCUCCAUCCCCAGGGCUGGGUGCCGAGGAGCUGUCUGAUGCUUCCCAGCCACGCUGAUGCUGCUCUGCCAGAAGAGAGAUGGGGAAAAGAUACUUCUGUGACUACUGUGACAGGUCCUUCCAGGACAACCUUCACAACAGGAAGAAGCAUCUCAAUGGAGUGCAGCAUCUCAGGGCUAAGAGAGCCUGGUAUGACUUAUUCCGAGAUGCUGCUGCUAUCCUGCAAGAGGAGCAAACCAAGAAGCCUUGUCGGAAGUUUCUGCAAACAGGACAGUGUGACUUUGGGUCCAGCUGCAGGUUUUCCCACAUGACAGAGCAGGACCUGGAGAAGCUGAGUGCCCAGGUUCAAGGGGAGCAGAGAUCGAAGGAGCUGCAGCAGGAGGGAGCAGAUGUCCCGCCUGGCACCAUUGAGGACUGGCUGGAGAAGAGAGCAAAGAGACUGAGCAUGGCACAGAGCAACAGGUACGAGCUGGCUGCUGCUUCUGGCCCUCGCAGGGCACAGGGGGAUAGGAGGAGGUGCAGGUGGUCGGAGGUCCCAGCUCAAUGGGACCCCCUGAGCUCUCAUUUCACACUCACCCUGCCAGCACUGCGUGCCUGCUCUCAGAACAUGCUACAAACACACACACGGCUCCAGUGUUGCGUGCCCACAUCAGAGAUGUGUCUCCCCAUGCAGCCGGGGCACAAGCCAGGCCUGGCUGCCUGUGCCUGCUGCCCUGGGGAAGCAGAGCACGUAGCAGUGUCUGGCAGGACAGUGCCACCGUGGUGCUGAGUUAUUAAUGCACAGAGUUCAGUGGUAGGAGCCCGUCUCAUCUGUUGACAGCUUCUCCAUCUUCCCCUGCCCUGUCUGCACAUCCCUGCCAGGGAGAGGCUGGAAUUAGCUCCUCCUCGCGGCAUUCGCUGGGAUUCGGGUCCUGCUGUUCCCUUGCUCACCUGACUGUGCCGCAGGCUGAAUUGGAUGACAUUUGGGCAGGUGCCAGAUCUCUCUUUUGUUCUUUAUCUGUUUGCUCCUGUCCUCUCCUCUGUUUGGUCUGGGCAAGAGCUUCCUUCUGGUGCCUGUCUGGGCUUGUUGCUUUCUGUUCUCUCCAUCAGCUU